AUGAAAAGAUCCGUUGUUAAUUGUUUUGUACAUACGUUGUGUUUAGUUUUAGUAUGCCUAGCUCUCGAAACAUCCGGCAAAGAAUGCGGAGACCCAAAGUGCGAAAGUGUGAUUGCAAGGGGAAAAGCUGUUCUACGGUUUCGUGGUGGCGGUGGACAAAAAGUGAACUUGGAUCAGAAUGAACCCGUUGAAAUAUUAGCUAAAAAUAUAGGCAAAGAUAAGGAAUUUCUGGUGCGAAAGGCAUCUGGCGUAACGGGCCUCGCACCGAAGGAUUUCAUCCGAGAGUACAGCAUUGUAAUAAAAUCGGUGGAUCGUAUAAAAUUUAGUGACGACACAAACACGCUGGAUAUCAAACCAACGCAACCUGUUACCUUGGAAGAGAAUGUAUUGAAAACGACCGUUGUUGAGGGUACUGUGCUCACAAACGAUGUGUUUUCGGAUAGUCCAACGGCUGAAUCUGCUGCAAUCGAUGUGCCGUCUAGCGUGAAAUCAACUCCUACGUUGGAAGUGGUACCGAACACGCAGACUGUUGAAAACAACCUAAACGAAGAUGCAGAUGUUUUGAAAAAUGAAACAGUUGAAGAAGCAAACGAGGGCUCGGAAGAAAUGCCCGAGGCUGAUAGCGAGGAGGAAGAGGAUGGGGAGGUCGAGAUGGAGGAAGAUUACGAAGACGAGGGCGAGGACGAAGAGGAAGUCGAAGAUGCUGUACCAGAUGCAAAUGAUGGAGCAGUGAAAGAAGGGGAUAAUAAGGCGAAUCACAUUAGUAGCGAAGCUACUACUGCUGAAGAGCCGAAAGCCGAAUCUACUUCUGAAAAGGUGCUAGCAAAUGAUGGAAACGACGGUGCCACGAGUGCAAAAGUAGUUGCAGAAGAGAAACAAGCUAAACCGGACGAUAGUUCGGAAACUGCAAGCGAAUCGGUUCCUUCCACUAGUCAAGUCAGCAUUACUCCUCCGGUGAAAGAUAACAAAGACACAAAACAACAUCAAACUGGUGCUGAUAAAGUUGAUAAAAAUGUCAAAGAAGAUAGCGUCACUGGAACAGGACAGACAGCUGACAACGAUGAUAAAGUGAUCGAAACCGAAGGAAACUUAAAUGGUUCAAGUGUAUCUAAUUCGCAGGAAUUGGAACAGGAAAAUUCUACCAAUAUAACGACUGAAAAUCCAUCUGCUUCGGGAAGCGAUUUACUAAACGAUGUGGUUACCCAGCCUUCGGUAGUAACGCAAGCUGUCCAAGAUUCUCCCGCAACGGAUGCCGUCUCUAUGGUGGUUGAAGUUACGACACCACUAAGCGUUGUGGAGAUGACUGAAACUGACGUACCUGUUACGAUGUUGCCCCCUAAAGUGGUUGCGGAUGUUGUUCAUGCUGUGCCAGCGGAACCGGCCCCUGUCACCGAACCCGAAAACAGUGAUACACCUAGUGCAGCUGAUAUUUCGAAAAACUCGGAUAGUCAACCAACACAUCCCACUCGCAUCCUAGCAGGUGGUUUGGGUAAUUUAUUGGCACAUAGUCACCAUCACCAUCAUGGCCAUCACCAUCAUCAUCAUCAUCAUCAUCAUGCCCAUGAUCAUCAUCAUCCUCACAAUCAUGAUCAUCGAGAGUCGAUGCCCAUGGAGCAAAGAGCACCGGAGCCUGCCGAUAUGAAUGUUCAAACUGUUGGCGACACUCAUUUACACUAUCCGGCACAAGUUGACAUGCCGCAAACCACACUUCCGCAGGACGAGGAUGCUGGUAAUGUUCGGCAAAAUGGCGAGCCUGUCGAAAAUAAUCAUUUACACAGCUCGGAAACUGUUGCACCCGUGCUAGUAAUGGCUGGCAACGGCAAUGAAGUGUCCUCUGCCGAGAACGGAUAUUGCGACGGAACAGGAAUCGAUUGUCCUCCGCCAGCAGCACCAUUCGUUCCACCAUCGGUCAAGCACUCGAACGGUGGGUCAGAUUAUAUUCCAAUGGAACCAGAUGUGCACACUAACGAAGGUGAAACUGACCAGUCUCAAGAUAUGGCACCUGAUGGCCAUUCGGAACACAUGGCGGACGUUUAUGGCGGUGAAAAGCAACAACAACUCGCGGGCGAUUAUAUUGAAGUGUUUGUACAAGAAGCGAUCAAGUUGAGCGAUCUCAUCCUUAUGCUUGCGAUCACAUCCUUCACGCUACUGGUGUUUUCUCUUGGACAUUAUCUGAUCAACAAGAAUCGGCGUGAGAAACCGCUCAUCUACAAGCUGAACAUGAUCGAGCGUGAUCUGAUGACAUCGUACAAAGAGAGCGCACUGUUGAAAUCUGAACUACAGGAAACCAAGCACAAGCUAACGAGCAUUGAAAACAAUUCUUUCGGGUCAAACGAUAUGGUGAUUGCACUAAAGGCGGAACUGGAAGCUGCUGAGCAGGCGAAACUAGAGCUACAGGAUCAAAUAGCGGGCUUAGAAAAAGAGUUAGAAAAUGCGGCCGAAGCAGGGCUGGAGUUGAACAAAAUGGUAGCAGAGCUACUGAAUCAAAACGGAAGCGAUUCGAUUGCGCUAAGCGUCGAAGAGCUACAGCGUCAGCUCAACGAACAGCAGCAAACGAUCUUAUCGAUGAAUGCGUCGCUGGCGGAAAAGAGUCGUGAAAACAGUGAGCUGCAGAUUGCGAUCGCCAGCCAGACGGGUAAAUUUAACGAGCGUUUGGAAGAGCUUGAAAAGGCACGCACCGAGCUGACCGAUCGGCGCACACAGCUCGAGGAGGAAGUGGCCAGCCUGCAGUCGGAACAGAAGACAAAAGUGGACAGUAUGCGUAAAGAAACGGGUGCAGAAAUUGACCGUUUAACGAAGGAACUGAAGAUCGCGCAAAGUAAGGCGGACGAAAGCCGUAAAGCUCUGGCCGCAGUAGAAGCCAAAUGCGAAGCACUAGAAGAGUGUUUGAAGGAAGUGAAAUCAAACGGUGGUAAUGCAGGCAAAGGAAUGAUCGAUUCGAUUGAAUUGAAGGCCCAAAUAGCACUGUUGUCGAAGGAGAAGGCGAACAUGCAGGAUAAAUUACAGGGUGAAAUUAUUGCACGCCAGCUGGUGGAAGAUCACAUGAAAAUGGUAAAUGAAGAAAUUUCGACACUCAAACGAGAGUUUGGCAAAGCAGAAAAAGAUAAGCUGGAGGCAGAGACAAGGCUGGAAGUGUUGUCAUCGUACUUUAAGGAUAAGGAAACACAGUUGCAAAAAGAACUAAGCGUGAAGGAAGCCAUGUGGAUGCAACAACAGGGUGAAACGACUACAACUGUUGAAAAGAUACGCCACAUGCAGGAUGAAAUACAACAACUGAAAUCGCAAAACGAUAAGCUUCGGGCGGAAAUUGAAGCUCAAGCAACGGCACACAAAGCUCAAUAUACUACGCUUGAAACUCGAUCGCACGAUGCUUGGCUUACAGCCCGACAGGCAGAACGUCGACUGGAGGAAGCCCGUAGCGAGUCUAGUGCACUUCGGCGGAAACUUACGGCUCUUGGUGAUAUUUCUGCUUCCAGUGAUGGUAUGGUAAACUUACCGAAUGCUUCCAUUACGCAAACCGAUCUCGGCCUAACUGCCCCCUCGCCGAUUCGCGUCGAGUCGCCGAACGCUCCACAACUGAUGGGAGUGCUUCCACCGCCACCGUUUUUACCACCAUUCAUGCCUGGUCCUCCGCCCCCAUUUAUGCCACCCUUCAUGCCACCACCACACGGUCCCGGUGAGAUGAGACCUCCGCCGUUGGGACGAUUAAUGUCACCACCACCACCGAACAAUCGAUACUCUCCCAACAACAUGAUCGAUGCGCGGGAUCGAUACAGUCCUGACCGUGGUCGUUACUCGCCCGACAGCCGGUACGACUAUUCCGUCAUGUCGACGUACGAAACCGAGAAUGACUUCAGUCCACCGCCUUCACCACCCCAUCAUACCCGUCACUCAAACUACGAUCGCGAGCGGGAACGUGAGCAUGAGCGGGAUCGUGAUCGUGAUCGGGAUCGGGAUCGAGGCAGUGAUCGUGAACGAUCACACCGUGAUGGACGUGGCAGUGGCAGUGGAGGUUACUCGAGAGGUUAUACGCCAACGGGUAUGCGCACAUCACCUCCUAUUCAGGAUCCCCGGAACAAAAAAUACGCAGGUGGUUUCAGUUCCGGUUCACAGGAUUCACUCGGAACGAGGAAAAGUGCAGGAAAAUAUAGAGCUACAGGCAAACCAGUACUAUAG